AUGGACAAAAGAAGCCUUUCAUGGGAGGACUGUCUAAGAAUUGCUAGCGAAGUUGCAGAUGCACUUACCUAUCUGCACAAAGCCACUCCUCGGCCUAUCAUACAUAGGGACAUAAAGCCCUCCAGUAUUUUAUUGGAUGAACACUUUUCUGCCAAAGUAGCUGAACUGGGUCUCGCAGUAUCAAUUCCCUUGGGAGAAACACGUUUGGAAUUGGAGAAGAUUGAAGGAACAUAUGGCUCUGGGGAGCUCUUGCUCGAUCUUUUAACUGGAAAGAAGGCUUAUGACUGGAAGAGGACAGGUGACCGAGGUGCUGCAUUUUCAGAUCUGGUAAUUUCUUCCAUGAAAGAGGAAUGGCUUGGCCUGGAUUCGGAGGCCAGCAUUGAGAGUGACAAAAAGAUGGAGCAACUGAUAGCUUGGGUAGAGCUUGCCUUAAGCUGUGUCAAACCAAAAGGGGAGGAAAGGCCUACAAUGAAGGAAGUGGCGCAGGAGCUCAGAAGAAUAAAAGGAGCCAAGACUUACUUGUAA